CGAAACUCACUCUCUAUCCAUUACUCUAUAAACAAAGAGAGCACACAAAGCAACCAGACCUUUUCUCUCUCUCUCUAUUGUUUUUUCAAGGUACGCUUGAAACCCUAGAAUAUACAAGUGUUUCAUUGUUUGGGGCUCUUAAAUUUUAUGGUUGUUAAGUUUCCUGUGUUUUUUAUUUUCAUUUAUGGAUGCGUAGAUUUAAUAUGUGAGUAGUGGAAAUGGGGAAGGGGAGGCCUAGAGCUGUGGAGAAAGGGGUUUUGGUGCAAAACUUGAGUGUAUCAUCAUCUGGGUCAUUGCAUGUGCCUCCAGCACCAGUUUAUUAUCCUAGUGAAGACGAAUUUAAGGACCCUUUAGCUUAUAUAUACAAGAUCAGAGAAGAGGCUGAGAAAUAUGGGAUAUGUAAGAUUGUCCCACCGAAGAGCUGGUCACCACCAUUUGCAUUGAAUUUGGAUAAUUUUAGCUUUCCCACAAAAACACAGGCUAUUCAUCAGUUGCAGGCUAGGCCUGCUUCGUGCGAUUCAAAAACUUUUGAGUUGGAAUACAAGAGGUUUCUGGAACACCAUUGUGGUAAGAAGUUGAGGAAGAGGGUGAUUUUUGAAGGGGAAGAGUUGGAUUUAUGUAAAUUGUUUAAUGCUGUUAAGAGGUUUGGUGGGUAUGAUAAGGUUGUGAAAGAGAAGAAAUGGCGAGAGGUUUCCAAGUUUGUGACUUCAGGAAAGAAGAUUUCAGAAUGUGCAAAGCAUGUUUUGUGCCAAUUGUAUUUUGAGCAUCUGUAUGAUUAUGAGAAGUAUUAUAACCGGCUGAAUAAGGAAGUUACUAAGGGUUGCAAAAGGGGAGUGCAAGAGGAUAAGAAGUGUGAAGAUAAAGUUGAGACAUAUGGCUCAAAAAGGAGAAGAAAGAAUGUUGAUGGUGAGAAAUUUAAGGUUUCUAAUAAGGUUGAGAAGGGGGAGGAUGAAGAGCUAGAUCAAAUGUGUGAGCAAUGCAAGAGCGGUUUGCAUGGUGAAGUGAUGCUUUUGUGCGAUAGAUGUAAUAAGGGAUGGCACAUAUACUGUCUUUCGCCUCCAUUAAAGCAAAUCCCGCCUGGGAAUUGGUAUUGCUUUGAGUGCUUGAACUCAGAUAAGGAUAGCUUUGGUUUUGUGCCUGGAAAACACUAUACUGUGGAAGCUUUUAGGCGCGUCGCUGAACGGGCCAAGAGGAAAUGGUUUGGAUCAGGACUUGCUUCACGAGUGCAAAUGGAGAAAAAGUUUUGGGAAAUUGUGGAGGGGUCAGCAGGUGAGGUUGAAGUUAUGUAUGGUAGUGAUUUGGAUACUUCAAUUUAUGGGAGUGGAUUUCCACGCAUAAAGGAUCAGAGACCUGAAUCUGUUGAGGCUAAGGUAUGGGAUAAAUAUUGUGGUAGCCCGUGGAAUCUCAAUAACUUGCCCAAGUUGAAAGGGUCUAUGCUUCAAGCUGUGCAUCAUAAUAUAACUGGUGUUAUGGUGCCCUGGCUCUAUGUUGGCAUGUUAUUCUCAUCUUUUUGCUGGCAUUUUGAAGAUCACUGUUUUUACUCUAUGAAUUAUCUACACUGGGGAGAGCCAAAAUGUUGGUACAGUGUACCUGGUAAUGAAGCCAAUUCUUUUGAGAAGGUGAUGCGGAAUAGCCUUCCUGAUCUUUUUGAUGCACAACCAGACCUACUCUUUCAGCUUGUCACAAUGUUGAACCCAUCUGUCUUGCAAGGAAAUGGAGUUCCAGUCUAUAGUGUACUGCAGGAGCCUGGAAAUUUCGUCAUCACCUUCCCCAAGUCUUAUCAUGGAGGAUUCAAUUUUGACACUUUUGUUGUUCCGUCUUUUUCAGGUUUGAAUUGUGCAGAAGCUGUCAAUUUUGCUCCUGCAGACUGGCUACCUCAUGGUGGGUUUGGAGCAGAUAGAUAUCAGAUGUAUCAUAAAACUGCUGUUCUAUCUCAUGAAGAGCUUCUUUGUGUGGUAGCUAAGUUUGGCAAUUCUGAUAGCCAAGUAUCACCUUAUUUGAAGAAAGAAUUGCUGAGGAUAUAUUCUAGGGAGAAAAACAGGAGAGAGAGACUUUGGAGAAGUGGAGUUGUCAAAUCAUCUCCCAUGCCCCAUCAUAAAUUUCCUGAAUAUGUUGGUACUGAAGAGGAUCCAACAUGCAUUAUUUGCAAGCAGUAUCUUUAUCUUUCUGCUGUUGUUUGUCAUUGUAGGCCAUCUGCAUUUGUAUGCCUGGAGCACUGGGAGCACAUUUGUGAAUGCAAGUCCAGCAGACUUUGCCUUCUUUAUCGUUAUACCCUUGCGGAAUUGUAUGAUUUGCUGCUUACAGUUGAUAAAUGUGGUUCUGAUGAGAAAUCACAGAGUUGCAGCUUCCUGAGGCAAGGCUCUCGUUCCAGUGAGAUAAAUGUCUUGACAAAGAAGGUCAAAGGCGGCCAUGUCAGUCUGGCUCAACUUGCUGAACAAUGGCUUUUGCACUCCUACACAGUUUUUCAGAAUUCAUACUCUAGUGAUGCGUUUGCUACGCUGUUGAAGGAAGCUGAACAAUUUCUUUGGGCUGGUUCUGAGAUGAAUCCAGUGCGAGGCAUGGUGAAGAAAUUGAUUGUAGCUCAGAAAUGGGCAGAAGGAAUAAGAAAUUGCCUUUCUAAAGUUGAAAACUGGUCAUGUCACUGCAGUUUUGAGAGAGUGCAGAUGGAUUAUGUCAAUGAAUUGCUGGAUUUUGAUCCUCUGCCCUGUAAUGAACCUGGGCAUCUCAAAUUGAAGAAGCAUGCAGAAGAAGCCAGACCAUUAGUUCAGGAAAUUGAUUCUGUUUUAUCAUCAUGCUCAGAAAUUGCUGAGUUAGAAUUGUUGUACUCAAGAGUUUGUGAUUUCCCAAUCUAUAUUAAAGAAAGCGAGAAAUUAUUGCAGAAAAUUUCAUCGGCAAAGGCAUUGACAGAAUGUGCAAAGAAAUGCAUCUCAGGAAAAGGUUCUGCUGCAGUUAGUAUUGACAUGCUUUACAAGUUGAAGUCAGAGAUAUCAGAGCUUCAAGUUAGGCUUCCAGAAGCAGAAAUGCUUUUGGACCUGUUAAGAAAUGCUGAAUUAUGUCAGGCUCGGUGUAAUGAAAUCUUGAAAGGUCCUAUUAGUCUAAAUAAUGUUGAAGGGAUACUCCAAGAGUGGGAUAAAUUUACUGUUACUGUGCCAGAGUUGAUGCUACUCAAGCAAUAUCACCUUGAUGCUGUUUCAUGGAAUUCCCGCUGUAAUGACGUUCUGGUGAAUGUUAAUCAACGCGAAGAUCAAGACAAUGUAGUCAAUGAAUUAGAGUGCCUUCUGAAAGAUGGAGCAUCUUUGAGAAUUCAAGUUGAGAAGCUCUCUCUUAUUGAGGUUGAGUUGAAGAAGGCUUGUUGCAGGAAAAAUGCUUUGGAGGCACGUGAUUCCAAAAUUCCAUUGGACUUCAUUCAGCAACUUAUGAUGGAUGCUACAGCGCUACAGAUUGAGAGCGAGAAGUUAUUUGUUGAUAUAUAUGGAGUGCUUGCAGCUGCUUUGUCAUGGGAAGAUGAAGCAGCAAAAGUUCUUGAACAUGGAGCAGAAAUGUCCGACUUUGAGGAAAUUAUAAGGAGAGCAGAAAAGAUAUCUGUGAUUUUACCUACUCUAGAUGAUGUUAAAGAAGCUGUGGUAAUAGCCAAGUCCUGGUUAAAGGAUUCGGAAGCAUUUUUAGGGUCCUCCUCUUGCAUGGAAUCUGGCAGUUGUUCUAUGCUUAAACUUGAGGUUCUGAAGGACUUAGUUUUGCGGUCCAAGUUAAUGAAAAUAACCUUAGGUGAACAAAGAAAGCUUGAGAUGGUCUUAAGGAAUUGUGAAGAAUGGAAGCAGGUUGCAUGCACUGCAUUGCAUGAUGCAGGGUGCAUAAUGCAUACAGAUUAUGUUGGCGAUGGAAAGAACAGUGAUCUUUCUAUGAGAAUUGGGCUUUUAGUCGACAGAAUGGAAUCUAUCACAAAAGCUGGUCUAUCUCUUGGUUUUGACUUUCUUGAGAUUCCAAAACUUCAGAAUGCUUGUUAUAUGCUGCAAUUGUGCAGCAAGGCCCUUUCUUGGUGCUAUGCUGCUCCUUCUUUGGAGGAUGUUGAGAGCUUAAUGGAGGCUUCAGAAAAUCUUUCCAUUGCUUCUGUCUCCGGUUCUCUGUGGAGCUCUUUAAUUGGUGGUAUUAAAUGGCUCAGGAAAGCCUUGGAGUUUAUUUCUGUGCACAGUAAUUUUGAAAGAUGCAGGUUGAGCAAGGCAGAGGAAGUUCUUGCAAAAUCUCAGAGUAUGAAUGUCUCCUUUCCAGUGGUGGUUGAUCAACUGGCAAAUGCUAUUCAGAAACACAAGUUGUGGCAAGAGCAAGUGGUUCAAUUUUUUCGUCAAAAUGCUGAGGAACGUUCUUGGUCUCUGUUACUAGAACUCAAGGAAUUUGGGACAGCUGGUGCUUUUGGUUGUUCCGAGCUAGAUAUGGUUUUAUCUGAAGUUGAUAAAAUUGAAAAGUGGAAGGAACAAUGUGGGAAGAUUUUAGGAAUCCUUGAAGAUGAUGGGAAUUCUCUGCUUGGUGCUUUACAAAAGAUCAAACAAUCUCUAGAUAUAUCCUUGUAUAUCUAUGGCAAGUUAGAGAGCUUUACAGCAAGAAACAUAUUCUUGUGCUGCUCUGGGUACAAUGAAGAUCAGGAGUUUUUAAGCUGUUCAAUAUGCAAAGACUGCUACCACGUGAGAUGUGUAGGGCCAUUGCUUGGUAUGAAUGACACAACACUCUAUAUUUGCCCCUAUUGUCGUUUUUGUGAGGAUUCAUCAGUAAUUCCAAAUGAGAUAUUUGGGGUGAGGCAACCUGAGUUAAGCAUGCUGAUCAAACUUUUAUCUGAUGGAGAACGUUUCUCUACAGGGAUUGAAGAAAUAGACACAUUACGACAGGUUGUGGAGCAAGCUCUGGAAUGCAAAACAUGCUUGAGAGAAAUAUUGGACUUUGAAUUAUCUUAUUUGGAGAAAGAUCUUAGUGUUAUCUCUAAGAAAGUGACUAUUGCUUUGAAGGUCAUGCAAGUGGCGGGUGUUUACGAUUAUGAAGAUAACAAUGGCCUUCAACAGGCAUUAGCAAGAAAUUCCUGGAGAGUGAAGGCUAAGAGAUUAUUAGAGAGUAUACAGAAGCCCACAAUGCAACAGAUUGAGCACCACAUGAAAGAGGGAUUGGCUAUGAAUAUUCCAGCUGAAGAUUACUUCCUACAAAGACUCUCAGAAUUAAAGCACAUUGGUUUGCAGUGGGCUGAUCAUGCCAACAAGGUUGCAUCGGAUUCUGGGACUCUUGGUUUGGAUCAAGUUUUUGAACUUAUAUCGGAAGUUGAAAAUUUGCCAGUUUACUUGGAGAAGGAGCUGCAGUUAUUGCAAACUCGAAGUAUGGUGUACUGCAUUUGUCGAAAACCUUAUGACGACAGAGCAAAAGUUACUUGUGAUCGAUGUGACGAGUGGUAUCAUGUUGAUUGUAUUAAGUUACUUUGCCCUCCAAAGCCAUAUGUUUGUGCUGCAUGUGAACCUCAAAAGGUGGAGUUGUCUACAUCACCGCAAAUGGAUAAUGAGAGAUUGACAAGUGCCAAGUCUGUAGAGCCAGGAUUAUCUUCCCCAAUGCACGCGGAGUCGAGAAAGAAGGCCCGGGAUACCAAGUUUAGUGUUCCGGUUACAAAUAGUAACAGCAUAUUUGUCCGAGCAAGUGGAAUUGAUCGAUUGUGGUGGCGAAACAGGAAGCCUUUUAGAAGAGAGGCGAAAAAACGGUCUGAGCUUGGAAGUCUUUCUCCAUUUUUUCACAUACAGGAAUAAAGGCAGAAAUUAGAUAUAGGAUUAGAUAGUGAUCAAUCAUUUAAUUUAUUCAAUUGAUUCCUAUUUCCUCGGGUUCCCAUUCCAAUAAAAUCGAUUCCUUUAUUCCUCUCAGUUAAGAUGGUCGAAUCGAUUAAGUCUUGAUAGAAAACUUUCUCAUUGCAUAGUGAAUCUGAUAUCACUCUGUAUGAAUAAUUCUGUCAGAGCUCGGCUUGGAGCAUGAAAUUAAUGCUUCGGCCUUGGCUUUCUGAACUCUGAUCCAUAAAACUCUACUAAUGCUAGGAAAAUUUUGGUAUGAUCCGAGUGCUUGUACACGAUACAACUCUAUGAUUUUAGAUAACAUUGUAUUUGUGGAUUAUUUAGCGUAUACGUAGCCAUUAAUGGCAAGUUGAUCA